AUGGAUGAAAUGUAUUUGGACGUAGCUGGCGGAUAUGAAGAAGAUUGCAAAAUAACUCAAAUGCAGUACCACUCUUUCCUUCCGUAUUCGACUACAGCUUUAUCCAAUAACGAUGAAAUUAGAAUAUCUAUUCAAAAUAUGGACGCUUACACUUUGCCUUGCGAGAGCUAUCUUUACAUUGAAGGUAAAUUAAAUAUACCUGCAGAUAUUACAGCAGAGAAGGGUGAAUUCAACUUUACAAAUAAUGGCUUAGCGUUUUUAUUUUCUGAAAUCCGAUAUGAAAUUAACGGAGUGGAAAUACAAAAAUUAAAAUCUCCUGGAAUAUCUUCGAGUCUUAAAGGUUUUUGCUCGCACACUCCGAGUGAAUUGAACAAUCUACAAAAUGCUGCUUGGGACGUAGAUAUGGAUGCCAGUGAAAAUAAACAUUUCAUGUUAAAUAACAAAUUCGCUGGUUGUAUCCCGCUCAAACACUUGUUUGGAUUUUGUGAAGAUUAUAAAAAAAUACUACUCAACUGUAAUCAACAAAUAAUUUUAAACAGAUCAUCUACAGAUUUUGAUGCGUUGUAUGUUUUGACGACAACUCCUAAUGAAGAACUUAAAAAAGUAGCCAUUGAAUUAAAUAAAAUUAUCUGGAAGAUGCCCAUCAUCAGAGUUAGUGAUAAAGAAAAAAUAAAACUGUUAAAAGUAUUAGACUCUCGUAAACCAGUUGCGUGUGCGUUCAGAAAUUGGGACUUGUGCGAGUAUCCAGUUCUCUCUCAGAACACUUCUCAUUCGUGGACGGUAAAAUCAAGCAGUUUGUUGGAGAAACCUAGAUUUGCAUUAAUCGGACUUCAAACCGAUCGAAAAAAUAAUUUAUUUAAUCCAUCAGGACGAUUCGAUCACUGCUAUUUGAAAAACCUAAAAGAUGUAAACUCUGAAGUAUAUCCAUAUGAAGAUUUUCGUGCAGAUUUCACAAACAAUGUUACGGCUAUAUUGUACAAGGCAUAUGCUGAAUUCCAGAAAUCGUACUACGAGAGAGAGUAUAGUGACCCUUUACUUCCUAAAAAUAUUUUUCAACAAUUUGUACCAAUCGUAGUCGUGGAUUUAUCACGACAGAAUGACAACGUAAAAUCAUCGACUGUAGAUUUACGAAUUGAAUUCGAAACAGACAAGGCCAUUCCAGCAAAAACCGCAGCUUAUUGUCUCAUUUUACACGAUCAAAUUAUAACUUAUAACCCUUUUAAUGGUGAUGUAAAGAAAUUGUAA